GAUAAUCUAUUGACCGGUGAACAAUCCUCAGCUAUUGAAAAUUGGAAAGAUCACCGCAUGACUCGGGAUGGUCGAUGGAGAACAAAUGAAGCUCAUGAAAAAUAUACUUCUACUGAAGCCAGAGCUCGACGGACGCAAGAAGCAAACAACAUCGACGACAGGCGAAUCCCUAAGAAGGCUUCCAGUAGCGAUGUCAGCGACGAACAAGCAAGACGAAGCGUCAGGAAGCAGGAAGAGUGCUACAGGAAAGAGGGAGACAAGAAUGCAAGUUGCUAUAAAAAGCAGGGAAAAAGAUCAAGUGCGUCUCAUGAGCGUGAAACCCGAACAUAAGUAGAGUAAAGAGACAGAGGAAAUUAGUAAUGGAAGAAGAAAGUGAUGAUGAUUUUCAGGUCCAAGCGGUAACGGAAGAAGAGUGAAGAGACAGAGGAAGUUAGUAACGGAAGAAGAAAGUUUGUCAUGUUUAUUUUUUGUUUUUUUAAAAUGUACAAUUUUCUUAGUACAAUGUAGUUUUUGGUAGGCACCCGAACUAUUUUAUGAAUAACAUUUCAUGUAUAU